ACUAGCAUUAUUGCAUCUUCCCUGGCUCGCUUAUGUCGUCGAAGCGUACGUUUAGGAAUAGGUAUCGCUGGGUCAACUUUGUAACGCUUGUAAGCCGGCUCCAUUGCGCAGUUGAAGUAAAUACGGUCAAGAUUUGCGUACUGCUGUCACUUCGGGGCAUAAGAGCCAUACUAAACAGGUAAGAUUUUCCAGAGCAGACGGACGGCCCCAGCUCAAGCGACAAUUUCCUCCAAGAAAAGAAAACCAACUUAACCCUUCUGUUGCGAUAUUUGUUGGAUUUUCCAUUGCCCAACACUCACAGUAAAGCCCUAGGCUUCCCUCCCCCUCCCUCUUCGGCGGUAUGAAAACACGCACCAUCCAACUGUAAAGGGGCACCUGAUUUUUCAUACCUCUGUAUUCGAAUCUGAAUAGGUAUGGGAGGUAUCUUUUCUCGACAUCAAACAUCCGCUUUCUCUCUCUCACUCUCUCGCUUCUUGUUCCUCGAGCAAGGUGGUUGUAUUAUUUGCGCAGGCCAAACUAUACUGAAAAGUUCUCUCUUUUAUUUUGUCUUAAGGUUAACUGCAAGGUGGUUUACUGAAAAUAAACACGUGAGAAUGGUGCGGCAAAACGUUCAACAAAAUGAAGCACCACUCAAGUACGCGUACCUUGUUCCUGCGGGCGCCGGCCGGAAUGAAGCGUUUGUUGCUAGAAUUGAUCUUAUUAAAAAUUUUCAUCCUAAAGAUGAAAACGAUUUUAAGUACACUGACAAACAUAAGUACAAGGCGUCACCAAAAACGCCAUCGAAAUACGUGCAUGUGCUUCUGCUGGCAACAUCCAGCAGUGCAAUGACUGCAAAAAAACAGAACGCGUCGACGUCGAUACGAUGGCCUCGCAGUCAGUUUAGCAGCCAGAUGUGCAAGCCCUCUUCAUCAGAGGAUAAUGCCGUUCCAUCACAGAAGGCUAAGGAGAAACAAAAACAUAGCAACAAUGUCAAAUCCAUGGAUACAGUUAUGAAAGCGUACCAAAAGGAAGCUCUUAAAGUUUUACAGCAGCAGCCUCCACCCGCUCAGCACAACCUCAAAGAGAAGUCCUCUCCAAUAGUCAAUACCGGAGAUAAAGGGGCAGCCAGCUCGAAGACAGCAGUUGCUUCACCCAGGACAUUUCUAUCAUCAUCUGACUUUGCGCUUAUAAGACAACAACUUUAUAAUGGUAUCCAUGAAGAUUUGUGUUCACAGAUUGCUGACCAGUUGCGUGAUGAUAUUGCCUCGGAAGUACAGCAGCGCUUUGCAGUUGAGAAGGCAGAGUUGGUUAAUUUGAAGUCCGAGGUUUCACAACUCAUCCAGGAGCAGCAAAGUUUCUUGGAAUCGAUAAGACAGGAAGUCUCUGCACAGGAGCAAGGCACCAAGAACACAUUCGAUGGCCUCUUUCAUAAAAUGGAAAAGAAAAUCAGAAAUCUAGAAUCUCGAGUUGGGAACAAGGAAACAGAUGUAGUCCAGCAUCAGGCAACCCAAGGACCAGCACACGUCGCACGGGUUACACUGAAGGCUUCACCUGGUGAACAGAUUGAUAUUGGUGAAGGUGUGUUAAUUUGUGCCGAGUAUUGGGCCACUGCCAAGAAAGCAGUAUCUAAAGAGGCUUGGGUUUCAAAUAUUUUCUAUGGCCUCUUCAAAGAUGAGGCAAAGUUCUACCGCUGUCGUCAGCCUAGGACACAAGAUACUCGACUCAAAGUUAUCCCAUCUAUACCUCCCUAUUUGGUUGUUGUUAGAGAACAUUUUCGGGAAUGGCUGAGGAAUAACCCUAAAGUACUUGAUGAGUGGGCAAAACCAAAGCAACGCAAAGAUGAAGUACUUGACCCACUUGAUCUUAUUAUUGCCCAUAGGCAAUGGGACAAGCAAGUAAGGGAAGAGAGUGAACCUGACAAGAAGACGAGAAGGGCUGCACGUCUUGUGCAGAUAGUCAAGAGCCUUGAGAGUCUAAUAGGCGACAGAGCACAAGAACUAUAUAGGGUGGGGCAACCAAGGGGAGCUAAAAGGGCAAAGGUGCCGUCGCCUAUACAUUCAAAGGAAAGGAGAAAGAGAAAGAAAAGGAGGUGCGAAUACACCUCAUAUAAAAGUGGGAGAAAAAUUGUGAAUUCCAGUGAUCCUGAUGACCAAUUUGAACCUGUGGAUAACAGCACCGAAAAAACGGUUAAUGUUGAGGGUACUGAUUUUAUUCCUUAUCAGUUAGCCGACAAAACCAGCACUCCACAGAAGAAAAAUGUGGAGGAUUUUGGAAAUUCGAAUGUUUCCUCAGCAGGUUCUAUUCCUGAUGAUGAUAAUGAAGGCGACCUCUUUGACAGUGACAAUCAUUCAACAUCCAAGCAGUCAAGUGACAGUCAGUCUUGCAGAUCCACAUCAUGUGACAGUCGGUUGUCUUCAUCACCCAAAUCAAAAAGCAGGGAAAAUAGUCGUGACUCAGAUGACACGUAUUAUGCUCCAGAAAUUACUGAAAAUGCUCAGCAUUAAUUAAUCUAGUCAUCAAUAAAUCUUAACAAAUGUUUAGUUUGUUUGAUUUGUUUUGUUUUAUUUUAUUUGUUAUUACUUUAUGUUAUUACCGUUUUGAUGUAAAAACACGUAUUUAUUUUUUACUCUGACUUAAAUUCCAAAUGAUAAAUUAUUUAGUCGGUUAGUAUUUGUAAAUUUUAAUCUUGUUGUUAAUGUUUAUGCUUAUAUUUCAUAUCAUAUUUUUCUGUGAGCGGCCCUACUGGCCCAAUUUCUUUUAGCUGUCAAUAACUUUUGGUCAUAGUACUUGUCAUUUCUCACCAACAAAAACGUUUAAAACCAAGGUCAGAGUCAGUGAGAAAUUUGCUAUUUUCUAAAGAGAGGCCAUAUUUUAUAUCUGAAAGCAUUUAUGUGAUAUUUUUCUGUUUUAUUAUGAAGGGUUAGUUAAUAUGUGAAGUGACUUCUUCCAAUAUGUAGAAUGAUGGAUUUGAUGAGCAUUUCAUUGUCAUGUGCAAUUUUGUUACCAAUAAAUGUAUACAUGCAAACGUA